GGUGUAAUGGUGUAUUGUUUCUUAUCUGGGAGUUUUGAGGGUGCGGUCCACUUUGCCCGUCACCUCACAUUGUGAUGCCGUAGAUAUUCUUCAGCAGUGUGUGAAGCCCGAGAUAUAUCCAAGCAUAGCCCAGUAAAGCUCCUUACUCUCUAUUGAUUCUUUAUAUUGGGUAGUGAUCUUAACGGCAUGCAGAAAAACGUCCAACGGCGAUCAAUGGUGCAAUCCAGUCAGCAGCAACCCCUCGUAACCUCCAGACCACUGACCCCCACUGCUUGGUCACCACAUCAUCCACGCCGCACAUCGAACCAUCAUAAAAGAAUCCUAGAAAGGUGCCACGGCAUAAAAGGUAUCCGAAUCGUGGUACUCCGUAUACCAAGCUUACCCAUCCAGCCCCCCCGGGUAGCUCCUCGCACGCCAUCGCCGACAACCGAUGCCCCUCCCGUCUCACGGUCCCACUCACAUCGCCGACCUCCUCCGUCCCGCGCCGACUGCCGGCUGCCGAUCCCCGGGCUCAAAAAGACAAUUCAUCCUGGAGCAGCCUGGAGGAGUAAGGCGACCUAUGCUUGCUCCCUCGGGGUAUCGAGGCAUCGUGUUGAUCUCGUCGAAUAUCCCUCCGGCACUUUCUGGAUUACAAAUUUGCCGUGGUCCUCGGGGCUUGUUGAAGUUGUCUGGCAAAUGGCUGAACAUCUCCAAGACUGCCCACUCAUACCUCAUCCUUGAGCCCUUCGUCGUUGUAAACAAGUGUCGCAACAACGAGAAGGACGUUCAUUUACUUCUCGGGACCAGUAUCCAUCGGUGUCUUUGUUGGCACGCUGUAUAGCCUGCCUGCCGUGUCAAUGCUCUCUAGUGAAAGUAGAAGCACAAUUUGACGGGCAUCAAUCAUCUCGGUAAAAUGCUGCGCCACUCGAUAGGAUCAUCAGCGUUCUCACGCGCCUCGACCGGUGGGGUGCUCUGGACAGAAAUACAGAGCUGGUGGUGAGUCGUGAGCUGAACUACAUGUUUGAAAUG